AUGAGCCAGUACGUUGAAAUCAUCGAUCAGGGCGGCGUCCGCACCGUGACCAUGAAUCGGCCGGAGCUGAAGAACGCUCUGUCGCACGAGAUGUACGCGACCAUGGCGGAGGCGAUCUCGAGCGCCGCCGAAGAUCCAGCCGUCCGAGUCGUGCUGCUGGCCGGCGCCGGGGAUAUCUUCACUUCGGGUAACGAUUUGAAGGACUUCAUGGACUCGCCGCCGGGCCUCGGACCUGGCGACCAGCCACCGGUAUUACGUUUCUUGCACGCUAUCGCCACCACCCCGAAGCCCUUGCUGGCAGCGGUGGGCGGCCUGGCGGUGGGGGUUGGCACCACCAUGUUGCUGCACUGCGAUCUGGUCUACGCCGCCGACACCGCGACCUUCUCGACCCCAUUCGUCGAUCUCGGCCUGGUGCCAGAAGCUGCCUCCAGCAUGCUCUUGCCGCAGAUUGCCGGCUUUCGCAGGGCCGCGGAGAUGCUAUUGCUCGGCCAACCGCUCGACGCUACCGAAGCCGAGUCCUGCGGCUUGGUUAGCCGGGUGGUCGCCGCUGAUCAACUAGAGCAGGUCAGCCACGACGCGGCGCAAAAACUGGCCGCCAAGGCACCCCACGCGCUGCGCAGCACCAAGGCGCUGUUGCGGCGGAAUGUCGAACAAGUGCCAGAGCGCAUGAAAGAGGAAAUGGAGUACUUCGCCAAGGCCCUGAACGGCGAUGAGUUCAAAGAAGCCGCAACCGCCUUCAUGGCCAAGCGCAAGCCGGAUUUCUCACGCUUCAGCUGA